UAUUUCACACCGUCUAGCGAUGAAGUUGAAAGGAAAGUUGAAGCAUUUUUUUGUACUUCUUUCUCUAUGUUUCUCAUCAGUUACCUUCAGUUCAGUGCCUGUUGAGAAAGGAGAGGAGAAAAUGGUACGCAAUCCCAAGGUUUUAAUUCUUGGAGCAGGUAUGGCCGGGGUCAGUGCUGCAAAAACGCUUUGGGACGCUGGAAUACGCGAUUUUCUUGUGCUGGAAGCCAGUGGCCGUGUUGGUGGGCGAGUACUCAAAGGCACAAUGAUAGAUCGUGAGGGCCUUGAAACUGGAAGCGUGGUUGAACUAGGAGCGAAUUGGGUUCAUGGCACCCACGUUGAUGGCAAGCCAAAAAAUCCGAUUUGGCAUAUGGUCGCUUGCUCCGAAUUGAAUUCUUACAACACCAUGAAUGCACUCGAUGAUAAGAAAUACAUUGUUCUUGAUGAAAACGGAGAUGUUAAAACUUCAGAGCCUGAUCAAAAAUCAUUUACCGACAUGGUAGAGAAAUGUGAUAAACUUGAAGAAGAAAAAAAAAAAGAAGAAACGACGGAUAUGUCCAAACGAAAAAUGCUUACAGAAUGUGGCUGGAAUCCUGUCACGCAGGCCCAGAAAGCUAUCGAAUAUUACGUUUACGAUUUUGAUGCAGCAGUCGCCCCAGAAUACAUUUCCUGUGGAAUAAAGUUAAAAUCGGAUGAAUCAGAAGAAAAAAUUGACUCCGAGGGUGAUUAUCAAGCUUUAGUUAACGAUAAAAGAGGAUAUGCGACGAUUAUUGAAGACAUGGCUAAACCAUUUUUGGAAAAGAUCCGACAUCACAAGGUGAAGAAAAUCAUUAAAAAAGAAGGUGAUACCAAAAUAACGGUGAUAGUGGAAGGCGGUCAGGAAUUUACAGGCGAACAUGUUUUGGUAACAUUCAGUAUUGGUGUCCUUCAAAAAAGUAUGGAUACGAUGUUUUCCCCUCGGUUAUCUAAUCUACCAGUUGGAGAAGCCCUCAAUCAGAUGGAAAUGGCAAACUAUCUGAAGAUUUUCAUGAAAUUCAAACAAAAAUUUUGGCAUAAAAAGGACUAUAUGUUCUACGCACCAGAAGACGACACCCAACGACGCAAGUUCCCCGUGUGGCAGAACCUACCCGGAAAGAAAGAUAAACAUGAUAAUGAAUGGGACAACGCACAAAUACCAGAUAAUGAAAACGUGAUACUUGUCACAGUAACUGGACCAGAGGCAUGGGCGUUAACAGCAACUGAAAAGGAACCAGGGGUGGUAAAAGCUGACAUCGAAAAAUCACUAUUUGGGAUCUUUCAAAAAGUCUUCAAGAGUAAUCUUGCUAACCUUGAUACGGUGCCGGAAGAAUUGCACGUAGCAACACAUUUUAAGAAUUGGGGAGAUGACGAACUUUUCCUCGGCGCUUACUCUAAUCCUAAAGUUGGUACCACAACUGCUCAUUUCAAUGAUAUGAGAAAUCCUGUCAAGGAAUAUCUUAACAGGUUGUAUUUCGCUGGAGAAGGCACAAGCGAGUUUUAUUAUGGUUUCUUACACGGGGCAUACUAUACAGGAAAAAAACAGGCCGAGAAAAUUAUUAAAACAAGUAUCAAGGCUCAAGAGGCUCAAAAUAGUCUGGCCCGCGGAAACAUGGAAACGGGUUGGAAAAAUGUGCUGCAGAGGAACCUGGGUACAACAAGAAACGGGACAAUUUGGACAACUUAUUAAAUUGAAUAUUGCAUGUUCUUCAUAAACACUUUAUUAUAGUUGACAAUGCACACAAAUGCAUUCAUUACUGAACUCAGGUUCGGUCUUUGUAGACAGGGUUCAACUU